UUGUGGGUUGUUGUGGGCAACUUUUCCCUCCUCUCUCUAUCUCUCUCUUUCUCUCUCUCGUCGUUUCAACCCUCCCCCCCCGCCCCCCCUUCCCCUCACCCGGCCAACCAGGUUUUUUUCUUUUUUUUUUAAACAACAUCAUUUCGUUGUAUUUUACCCGAGGGAUUUUUUUUUUUUGUUGUUGUUGUAAAUAAUUUCCUGACGAAAACAACCGGGAGGAGGAGGAGGUGGUGGAGGGCGGGGGGGGGGGAGGAGGACAAGGCCUGAGGCCUGUGCUGUGUGUGUGCGUGGGAUCCCGACCCGACCCUCCUUUCCCGGCGUGUGGAGCAGCCCAGCCUCCCCAGCAAAGUUAAACCUCCAUUCCCGAUCAUUAACAAGGACAUCCGUCACCCCCCCCCCCUCAAACUAGAGCCGCCUCUCCCUCCCCUCCCUCCCUCCAUCCCUCAUCACCUCACCUCACCCCCCCACCCACCCCCCUCCUCACUGUCUCUCGGGGGUUUUGCCCUCUCCUCGUUUUGUGGACACUUUUUCCCUAAAAACCAGUUGGUUGGGCCUCACUAUAAGAUCAACAUGAAUGCAGAAGGGUACGAGAGCCUGAUGGCGGCCAAACUGAUGGCCAGCAACGUGACCAACAAGAACGACCCUCGCUCCCUCAACUCCCGGGUCUUCAUCGGCAACCUCAACACGGCCGUGGUGAAGAAGACCGACGUGGAGGCCCUGUUCGCCAAGUACGGCAAGAUCGUGGGCUGCUCGGUGCACAAGGGCUACGCCUUCGUCCAGUACGCCAACGAGAGGACAGCGCGCACUGCCGUGGCGGCCGAGGAUGGCAGGAUCAUCGCCGGGCAGUCGCUGGACAUCAACCUGGCCGGAGAACCCAAACCCAACAGACCCAAGAGUGGGCAGAAGAGAUCAGCCUCUGACAUGUACGGAUCCACAUCCGACCUUGACUACGAUUAUUACAGGACUGACUUUUACGACAGCGCACCCCCAGCCCGGCAAACAGAAGCGUACGAGAUCCCAUCACUCACCCGGAUGUACCCCUACCCCAGCCGGGUGCCCCCCCCACUGCCCCGGCCUGUGACCAUCGCCAAGCGCCCAAGGGUCACCGUCCCAGUGCCCAGGAGAGGGAAGGGCAACUUCAACAGCAAGUCCGGGCAGAAGUCGGCAUCGUCUGGGAAACCAGUGAAACCCAACGACCUCGCCACCAUCAAAAAGGAGCUGACACUGAUCAAGAGCAAAGUGGACUCGCUGCUCGACAGUCUGGACAAGAUCGAGAAGGAGCAAUUCAGCCUGGCAGAGACCAAGAGUGAGAAGAUGGAGGGGAUCGGGGGCAAGGUGGUGGUGGCGGCUGCUGCUGCCGGCGAGCUGAAGAAGGCGGAGAGCGAGGGGACCGUUGAUUUUGGUAAGCCUGAGCUGGACGACAGCAAGGGCCGCAAGGAGCGGGAGGAGGGCGAGGAAGAUGGUGACGAUGAUACUAACGGCCAGGACGGGCACUAG